AUGCUUCGAGUAGGAUAUGUACCAGAACACUUUGCAUCACCCCUCUUACAAUACGCGGAUGCAGAUCAAGAUAAAACAUUUGUGCUUAGUGCAUUCCCAGGCGGAACUGGUGCUAUGACCUCUGCACUCAAAAAUGACGAAAUCGACGUAGCAGUGGCACUUACGGAUGCAUUGAUAGCUGGUAUUGCCAAUGGAUCGCAGGCGUAUAGGCUAGUCGGCUCAUAUGUGUCUACUCCGCUUAACUGGGCAGUAGUAACAGGAAAGGAUAGCAAAUAUCAGUCAAUCGAUGAUCUUCGUGGGACAAAGUUGGGUAUUUCACGCAUUGGCAGCGGAUCUCAAACGAUGGCCAGCGUAAUGGCAAUGCAGAAAAACUGGACUGACAAGGACGGCCAAAUUGAGAUGCCCGAGUUUCAAGUAAAUAAUAAUCUUCAAGGACUUAACGCUUCGAUCAACACUGGAGCGACGAGUGCAUUUCUUUGGGAGUGGUUUACAACAAAACCCCACGUAGAUUCUGGUGAAGUCAGAUUUAUCGGCUCGGUGCCUACUCCAUGGCCAUCCUGGUUAAUUGCUGCUCACCCCGAGCGAGCUAAACCUGCCGCACUGAGAAAUUUCCUCGAAACUUUGACGGAGUAUGUUACAAAGUUUGACAGCGACGAACAACGUGCACAAGUAGAUGUUGAUCUCAUCCGAGAGAGAUUCGGAUAUCCCGAAGCUGAUAUCCGAGCUUGGCUCAAGACGGUGCGUUGGGUAGAAAACUGCGCUACCAUUCCAGGCAAAGUCAUCAUGGACACUCUCAGUAUUCUGGAAAAAGCGAGGGUUGUGAAACGCCCUAGUGAUGGCUUCAAUGUUGAGGAUUUUAUUAACAGCGAGGUUGUACGAUUGGUAUAA